UCACUAACUUUCCUUCUGGCUCUGGUCACAUCGUCUGGCCAUCAAAAUCCCAAACUUAAUUAAAAAAUUAAAUAAUUCUAAUAAUAAUUAAGCCCAGUAAUAAGUACGCUGUGCGAGGGCGUAACCGAGAUAUUGGAACAAAUCUGUAACCCAUCAAAACCAUGGUAGUGUUGGAGACGGAGAAGGCAAUCUGUGUUUUUAUGUCAAAUACGUGCGCGUGUGUGUGUGUGCUGUAAUUCCAUCGCUACUUUCGAUUCGGAGUUACCUAGGAACAUUUGUUCGUUUUUUUUCUAGUAGUUCGCUUAAAAGUGAAACAGGAUACUCCUCCACAUACUCAAUAUACAAUACUAUACUCACACCCUUACUCAGUAACCAACAAGUUUAACGAGUUUUUUGUAUUAUCAUUACUUAGUUUUUUGGUUAAUAAUACACAAGUGAAAAGCGAACUGCAGGGAAGAGAUAUCAAGAAACAAUCCGAAAUCCACACACACUCGAACAGAAAUCAAAAGCUUCGCUCUCUUGCACACACACACGCACCACCACCACCACUACUAUCACCAACACCACGAAAGAGAGAGCGGCAAGUGAAUCACGGCGAAUCCGAAUCCUCUCCGGGACCGAAAUCGAAAAAGAACUGAUCCUACCAUCAAACGCAUCUAAUAAACACGGCCGCCAACAUGCAGAGCGAUUUUCACAGAAUGAAGAACUUUGCCAAUCCUAAGUCCAUGUUCAAAACUAGCGCCCCCAGCAGCGAGCAAGGUCGCCCAGAACCACCGACUCCGGCUGCAGCUCCCGCUAAGGCAGAGGCUAAAGAUGUUAAGGCCAAGGAAGAUCCUCAGGAGGCUGGUGAACCAGCAGCAAACACUGCAUCCACCAACGCUGCCGGCGACGAUGCAGUACGCACCGAGCACCUAUUUAAACACCCGCUCAUGAACGUAUGGACCCUGUGGUACCUCGAAAACGAUCGAUCCAAGUCCUGGGAGGACAUGCAGAACGAAAUUACCAGCUUCGAUACCGUUGAGGACUUCUGGAGCCUUUAUAACCACAUUAAGCCGCCAUCAGAGAUCAAAGUGGGCAGUGAUUACUCGCUCUUCAAGAAGAACAUUCGGCCCAUGUGGGAGGACGCUGCUAACAAACAGGGAGGUCGCUGGGUCAUUACCCUUAACAAAAGCUCAAAAAGCGAUCUAGAUAACCUAUGGCUCGAUGUGUUGCUUUGUCUUAUUGGGGAAGCUUUUGACCACUCCGAUCAGAUCUGUGGGGCUGUUGUAAACCUUCGAACCAAGAGCAACAAGAUAUCCAUCUGGACUGCCAACGGAAACAACGAGGAGGCCGCCCUGGAAAUUGGCCAUAAACUGCGCGAUGCACUGCGUCUGGGACGCAACAACUCGCUGCAGUACCAGUUGCACAAGGACACGAUGGUCAAGCAGGGCUCCAACGUCAAAUCGAUCUAUACUUUGUAGGUUGUCGGACCACGUCCGCCAUCCGAUCUUAGUUUUGUUAGUUUAUGUUGCUCUUAUUUAUGGUUAUAAACAGCAGCAGCGAUUGAUCGUAACACCUGUCCAAGACCCGCGUAACGAAACCGAAAUAGACCCCUUUGUUAUCAAAAAUCGGCUAACUUAAAAUCAAUCCGCUUUUUGUAGUCAUUGUCAAUAAUGGAUUUAACGGAAAAAUAUAAUAAUAAAUACCUACAUUAAAACCGGA